AUGGUUGCAAUUUCUUCCCCUCAUUUUGUAAUUUUCCCGUUCAUGGCUCAAGGCCACACCAUUCCCCUUCUCUACCUUGCUCGCAUCCUCCGGCAGCACGAUGUCCCUGUCACGGUAUUCACAACCCCAGCAAACUCUCCAUCAGUCCGUGCUACUCUCCAUGAUGCUGGCAUCUCAAUAAUUGAACUACCUUUCCCAGCAGAUAUUGUUGGCAUCCCUCAAGGGGUUGAAAAUACUGAUAAACUUCCCUCCAUGUCAUUAAUUUUUCAAUUUGCAAACGCCACAAAGCUGAUGCAGCCACAAUUUGAAAAGGCACUUCAGGAUAUCAAACCAGUUGGCUGCGUAAUUUCUGAUGCAUUUCUUGGAUGGACUCAAGAUACUGCUGCAAAGCUCGGAAUUCCAAGAAUUGGUUUCUAUGGUAUGAGCAGCUUUGCUACUACCUUGUAUUUCAUUCUUGGUCAAGAAAGGCCGCAUGCACUGACUACAUCACCUGAUGAGCCCUUUUCUAUCCCAAACUUUCCUAAACUCAGCUUAACAAGAAAUGAUUUCGAUCCACCAUUCAAUGAACUUAAUCCAAAGGGUCCUUGGGUUGAUUUCAUGAUGGAGCAAAACAUUGCUAUGGCAAAAAGCUACAGUGUGAUUAUCAACAGCUUCUACGAGCUUGAACCUUCUUAUACUGAGUACUGGAACAGAUGCAUCGGACCUAAAGCCUGGUGUCUUGGCCCUUUCGCCGCUGCCAAGCCACAAGUAUUAUUAGCUAAUGAAUCUGCAAAGCCAAACUGGAUGCUCUGGCUUGACAAGAAGUUGCAGAAUGGAGACUCGAUAUUGUACGUGGCAUUUGGAACUCAGGCCGAAGUAUCACAGGAGCAACUGCUUGAAAUUGCAGAUGGUCUAGAAAAAUCCAAGGCGAAUUUCCUGUGGGUGAUAAGAUCAAAAAGGUUGGAAAUCUCGGAAGGGUAUGAAGAAAAGGUGAAGGAUAGAGGGAUGAUAGUGAAAGAGUGGGUUGAUCAAAUGGAGAUACUUAGGCACAAGAGUGUAAAAGGGUUCUUGAGUCAUUGUGGUUGGAACUCGGUUACCGAAGCCAUAUGUAAUGGAGUGCCCAUCUUGGCAAUGCCAUUCAUGGCUGAGCAACAUCUGAAUGCAAGACUUGUCUCGGAAGAGGUUGGUGUAGGACUGAGAAUUAUGCCCAGCAAUGGAUCAGUGAGGGGCUUUGUGAAGGCAGAGGAAGUGGAGAAAAGAGUGAAAGAGCUGAUGGAAGGAACAAAAGGGGAGGGGGUAAGGAAGAAGAUGGAGGAGGUUGGAGAAGCGGCUUGUGGUGCAAUCAGAGAAGGUGGUUCCUCAUGGGAAACUUUAGAGCACGUCAUCGCUGAUGUGAGUAAUUAUCACAAGAUUAGCUUCUUUUAG